GGUCCUUGGUUGCCGUGACAACGCCAAGCUCCCCUUGGUUCUGCUUGACUUCAGAGGUUCUGAAAUCGGUAAAAACGUGUUAUAUUGGACUCGGUGAUAUUUCUGGAGGACACAUUUUACUAAAGGACACAGAAGCUGUCAUGUCUGAUCAGCCUAAAGAAAAACUACAAAAAAAAGAGAAGAAGACAGGAAAGAUUUCCUCAGACGGAAGCCAUGGGACCAGAGGCAAAGACCCAACUGGAAGGACAAAGGACUCGAUAAGUACUGUGUCAUGUAUUGAUGAACUUGGGCACCAGGAUGACAACACUCGGAUCACGAUAACGAUGGAAAACACCUACCAGAUGGAACCAUACCAACGCUUCCCUGUCCCUGCUGUCACAGACAUACUGAAGGAUGUUCUUACCAGUUACCUCCAAGAGGAGAAAUAUGAAGUAGAAUGGUCUCAAAAAAUGACAAAGACAAUAUGUGAGGUGAUAAGAGCCCGUGUGAAGGACCUAAUGAUCCCCAGAUAUAAAAUUGUCGUCCUGGUCCACAUCGGCCAGCUCACCGGGCAAAGCAUGCAGAUCAGCAGCCGCUGUCUGUGGGACGCAUCUAAUGACACCUUCGCCUCCUACUCCUUCAAGAACAGCUCUCUUUAUGGUGUGGCAACUGUCUACGCUGUUUACUUUGAGUGAUACACAGACAAUGCAUGAGUGCUGAUAAAAAUGAGAAAAGAAAAUUACUGAAGUUUUUCCCACAGUUAUGAGGAGAAUUCUGCUGUUAAAAUCUGCUUUAUCUUCUUUCUGUACAAAGUGACACAACAAGAAUUUUUAACCACAA